UCCUAUUGGCCGGCGCGGCGGCGCGUGGGCAGGAAGCCUCCCCGGAUUGGCCGGCGCGGUGCCCCGGUGGAGAGGCGCGCGGUCGGUCGGUCGGUCCGGCGGAGCCAUGAACUGCCUGACGGUGCCCGGCGUCCACCCCGGCUCGCCCAGCCGCCCGCGCGGGCAGAUCCAGGUGAUCUUCGGACCCAUGUUCUCCGGGAAGAGCACGGAGCUCAUGCGGCGGGUGCGGCGGUUCCAGCUCGCUCAGUACCAGUGCCUGCUGGUGAAGUACGCCAAGGACACACGCUACUGCACCUCCGGCGUCUCCACACACGACAAGAACACCAUGGAGGCCGUGCCAGCCUGCCUCCUCAAGGACGUGUACCAGGAGGCGCUGGGCUCCGCAGUCAUCGGCAUUGAUGAGGGCCAGUUCUUCCCAGAUGUUGUGGAGUUCUGUGAGGUGAUGGCCAAUGCUGGGAAAACCGUCAUUGUUGCUGCUCUUGAUGGGACUUUCCAGAGAAAGGCGUUCGGGAGCAUCCUGAACCUGGUGCCGCUGGCAGAGAGCGUGGUGAAGCUGAACGCCGUGUGCAUGGAGUGCUACCGAGAAGCCUCCUACACAAAGAGGCUGGGAGCAGAGAGGGAGGUUGAAGUGAUUGGAGGAGCAGACAAGUACCACUCCGUCUGCCGAGCCUGCUACUUCCGCAAGCGGCCUCAGCAGCUGGGGUCGGAAAACAAGGAGAACGUGCCCAUGGGGGUGAAGCAGCUGGAUGUGGCUGCCUCCCGAAAGAUCUUUGCUUCUUGACUGCUGGGCUCCCGCAAGGAGAAAAAUGAGAGGAAGCAAGCUAAAUGCUACAGCUCCCAGACACCAGAUCUAGCUUCUUCUGCUUUUAGCAAAACUGUUAAGUGUCUUAGCCCUGCCUGCCAAACAAAGCCACUGUUCUUCUGCACCGAGCGCCAGGAAAGAGGAGGAUCAACUGGACCUGAUGCCGAGGGGUGGCUGAAGCAGGAGCUGAGCCUGACUAAAAGUGAGUUCCCUUCUCAGAACCCGGGAAAGGGACAGGUGCAGUUCCUGAUGCUGCCACACAAACAGGUCCUGGAAAACUGUCACACCAAGCCAGGCUGCAGGGCUUCCAUCGCUCACCGUAGUUCUGGCCUGCUCUCCUGGUCUUCUGUGUAUGCUCGGGCCGGCACUGGUGGCUGGUUUGCUUGCCCGUGAAUGCAACCGUUUCUUUAUCUCUUGUGCGCUGUUGCUAAAUUCCAGGUUUCUUAAGACAAUGUACAGUAACUUGGUAUUUUAAACCCACUUCCUUUUUUAAUGCAGUCCAAGGAGAUACCCUGCCCCUUGUCACAGACCUGUGGCACAACUUUCCAACUGACACAUGUAGGAGCAGCCUGGCCCCCUUUGCACGAUGGUGCGUGUCCCAUCCAUUUCCGUUAUGCUCACUUGCUGUAACUGUCUUGUAAAUUUUUGGUGAAACAGAAAGGGGGGAGGAAGGCUCGACUGGCCAGCCUGACAGCAGGCUCUUCCUAGCCUUUGAAUUUGAAGAGGGCUAGGAGCAGUCUGGUAGCAGUCUGUGUAUUAAGACAGAGUCCUUUUGGAAGAACUGGACUGCACUUCAGGAAGAGCCUCCUCUCCAAAACCAGGGUGUUUUUGCUCAGGUCCAAGCUUGGUGCUGCCACUUCAGAGCUUAGUUACCUGUGAGGGGUUCGGAGGCUCAGGACUUAAUCUGCAAAGGUUUGGGCUGCUGUUUCUGCAAAGAUCCAGCUACUUGGAAAAAGAUCUCUGUUUUGAGUGGAUGUUUCUCAGCUGUAGUUCUGUAUCUUGCUUCCCUCCUGAGCCUUCCAGAAGUUUUUGAGGCUGAUUCUUCCUCUGCUCUAAGUUGACUGAAGGAUCCUCUUCCCCUUCUGCUUGAUUUGGCUUCUGGAAGGUGUUGUUUUUUCUUUCUUUUUCUUACUUCUUGCAAAUGUGCUUUUCCCUGUAAGCCAGUGUCCACAAGCUCCAAGCAGCAGCUCUUGGUUCUGGCCAGGUGCAGAGGCCGUGCUGUUUGCCUGCACCCUCUGGCAAGGAGGGAGGUUAUGAGAGCUGUCUGAACCCCAAGCUGUCUGAAAACCCUGCUGCCUCCGUGUUACUCAAAGCGAUGACAGUUGUAGUACUCACAAGCACUUGAUUUCCAGGCCUGGGCUUUCCCCUGAGGGAUGGGGGGGUAGCACUGCUACUGGUUUAGGUUAAUAAAUAACUUAAUGAAA